UCGUUCGGCUGGCGCGCAGGCGGUACACUAAGCUCCGCACUACGGAAACUCUAACGGAUUUUCUGGACAUCGAUCUUCCGCUUUCAAAAGGAGAUCUAUCUCCAAAACCGAUUAAGUCCUUUUUGUAGGAUCAAUUAUCAAAAAAUAAACUCAAAGUUUUGUUGUGAAAACAGUUGGCGAUGUUUGAAGAUAACAGCACUCCAACGCCCGAUAAUGCACUGUGGACACUGCAGGGUCGGGAGAGACCAAGUCCCGCCCAAAGAUUGCACAACCUUACCUCGGCAGCCGCAUCGUCUUCAUCCUCUGGCCUGCCACUCCCACAAAAUAUCUUCACCAAUCCUGCAAUCCAGCCUUCAAGCGUUAUAAACCUAAACCACUCCACCGAUGUGGUGAUCGGUCCCAUGACCCAAUACCAGGGACCGGUAUCUAUAUACUAUAUGGACUAUAUGGAGGCACACGCCAUGCAAACGGCGGCAGGAAUCAACAGCAAUAAUGCAAAUGGCAAUGGCAAUGCCAAUCGAAAUCGUGAUAAAUCACCAUCAAAACGUCUUACCCGCAACACCAUCCUACUAAUCACUUUGAUCCUUUUGGUCCUGGCCACUGGAUUGGUUGUACUUUACAUUGAGCUCAAUCGACCACGGACUGAGCUGCCCAGUAACAAGGCCAUCUUCUUUGGCAACAACUACGACCACGAUACGUUUCCAAAUCUAGGAAACGGCCAUCUGGUCAUCGAUAGAGAGCAGUGGGGUGCCGCCAAGACCACACCUGCCCUGACCAUUCCCUUAAAGCGACCCAUUCCCUAUGUUCUGAUCACUCAUAUUGGAGUGCAAUCCCUGCCCUGCGAGAACAUCUACAAGUGCUCCAUUAAGAUGCGUACCAUACAGGAUUCCGCCAUUGCCGAGAAGGGUCUGCCCGAUAUCCAGUCAAAUUUUUAUGUCUCAGACGAGGGCAAUAUCUACGUAGGCCGCGGCUGGGACUGGGCCAACACGUAUGCCAACCAAACGUUGGCCAUUACCUUUAUGGGUGACUACGGAAGGUUCAAGCCGUCAGCCAAACAGAUGGAAGGUGUCCAAUUUCUGUUGGCCCAUGCAGUGGCCAAUAGAAAUCUGGAAGUGGAUUACAAGCUAGUGGCCCAAAAUCAGACGAAGACCACCAAGAGUCCGGGUGCUUAUGUGUAUCAAGAAAUCCGUAACUGGCCGCACUUUUACGGCUGCGGAAUGGACGAGGCACCGGCAUGUGGCGUCGAACUGGGAAUGAAACCGGAAUCGUGGAACGCCAAGCAAUAGCUAAUGGCUAUAGACUUUUUACCACCUAAGUGUAUCCAAGCACAAAUUAUAUUUAAUACAUAUACUAA